CAAGCUUUUAAUGAUUUUCUAAUACAGGAUUUUAUCUGGAAGCUCCCCACCUACGAACUGUUAAUACGGUUUUCCAAAAACUGGUGAGUGGACUGUUUUACUUUUCAUUGUAUAUUGGCUAAGUACCCAGAAUUCCCCGGUCUUCCUGCUUAGACCGCCUAGACAAUGAUAACAAAUAAAUAGAAGACUCCCCCUCAAAAUUUUCGCAUACUGAUGGAAUAAUCGCCUACAGUUUCCUAUUCUAUUCAGUUUCUCGAAUCAAUAGCCUGUACGCAGAGAAAUCCUUCUUGCUGGUUGUUUCACCUGUUGCUGUGUUGACCUUGUUAAACCGAUACCCGAUGGGGCCUCAAUGAAGCACUAGCGAGUGCGAAACGGCUGUUGUCUCGUAACUGUAAACUGCCAUCAGAUUGUGUCUCCCCCUAUACUGGAUGUGAGUAUUAUACUUUGCAAUAAAGAAGAGCCUGCUGGAUCUGAAAGUUGGAUUGAACGUUGUCUCAGUGAAAGCGAAAACAAGCGGUAUUCAAGUCACACAUCCCUGGGCAACGUUUCUAAUGAAGAAACAGAUGAAGAAAAGGAAAACAGGGCAUCCAAACCGCACUCCACCCCGGCCACUCUACAAUGGUUGGAAGAAAACUAUGAAAUUGCAGAGGGUGUCUGCAUCCCCCGAAGUGCCCUCUAUAUGCAUUACUUGGACUUCUGUGAGAAAAAUGACACACAACCGGUGAACGCCGCCAGUUUUGGCAAGAUAAUUAGACAGCAGUUCCCACAAUUAACCACAAGGAGACUCGGGACCAGGGGACAAUCAAAGUAUCAUUAUUAUGGCAUUGCUGUCAAAGAAAGCUCCCAGUACUAUGACGUUAUGUACUCCAAAAAAGGAGCAGCGUGGGUGAAUGAGACAGGGAAAAAAGAAGUCACCAAACAGACAGUGGCGUAUUCACCACGAUCCAAGCUUGGAACAUUACUGCCUGAAUUCCCAAAUGUCAAAGAUCUAAAUCUGCCAGCCAGCAUCCCAGAAGAAAAGAUCUCAACAUUUAUAAUGAUGUAUCGAACGCACUGCCAAAGGAUUCUGGACACUGUAAUACGAGCCAACUUUGACGAGGUUCAAAGUUUUCUUCUGCACUUUUGGCAAGGCAUGCCCCCCCACAUGCUGCCAGUCCUAGGCUCAUCUACAGUGGUCAACAUAGUUGGAGUGUGUGAUUCCAUACUGUAUAAAGCAAUCUCUGGUGUCUUGAUGCCAACCGUACUACAAGCAUUGCCUGACAGUUUAACGCAAGUUAUCCGAAAAUUUGCAAAACAACUGGACGAAUGGCUGAAGGUUGCUCUUCACGACCUUCCUGAGAAUUUACGAAAUAUCAAAUUUGAGCUGUCAAAAAGAUUUUCCCAAAUUCUUCGGCGACAGACAUCAUUAAACCACUUAUGCCAAGCCUCCAGGACGGUGAUACACAGCGCCGAUAUCACAUUUCAGAUGCUGGAAGACUGGAGGAAUGUUGACCUUAAUAGCAUUACCAAACAAAGUCUUUAUACUAUAGAAGAUUACAGAGAUGAGCACAGAAAACUUAUUAUUCAGUUAUAUCAGGAGUUUGACCACUUAUUGGAAGAACAGUCGCCAAUUGAAUCCUACAUCGAUUGGCUGGAUUCCAUGGUGGACAGAUGUGUUGUAAAGGUAGCAUCGAAAAAAACAGGCUCAUUAAAGAGGGUGGCACAGCAGUUCCUCUUAAUCUGGUCUUGUUUUGGCACAAGAGUCAUUCGGGACAUGACACUACAUAGUGCACCAAGUUUUGGUUCCUUUCACCUCAUUCACUUGAUGUUUGAUGACUAUGUGUUGUAUUUGUUGGAGUCGUUGCACUGCCAGGAACGGGCCAAUGAGCUUAUGAGGGAAAUGAAAGGAGAAGCUCAUAGUGAGGACACAGAAGAAAUUAUACUGGCAGAACCUGCAAUUUCCACACCAUCUCCAAUUCCAUUUUCACCAAACACAUCUUCGACCUCCGUUGAUCUCCCAUCUGCAAUAUCUCCUGUGAGCAACCAUUCUCCAGACAGUAGCGCGUUGGUGGUAACAACAGGUGCAAUGCAGUCAUACACAUGGUCACUGACCUAUACUGUCACCACAGCUGCCAAUGGACCAGGAGAGAAUACCCAGCAGUUACCCUGUAUGAGAAGUCCCCACAUGCCCGCAUCUGUCACGCACAGGAUACCUGUCUAUCCACACCGGGAGGAGCACGGAUACACAGGAAGUUAUAAUUAUGGAACCUACAGCAACCAGAGUCCACAUCCCAUAGCAUCCCAAUAUACAUCUCUACCACAUGAAUCUGGGAUUACCACACCACUUCAUUAUACAGCAUAUCACAGAAGCCCCUCUCAGUACCCAUUCAACAGCCAGACACGGAUGGAACCUUGCCUCAUGACCAGUACUCCAAGACUCCAUCCAAGCCAGGUGACCCCACGAUGGCAAGAUGUAGCCUCCAGCAACUCUUGUUAUUCUAGUCCAACCAUGCACUCUACCAGAUACGGAAGCUCUACUGACAUGUACACAUCUCUGGCUACAAGACGUAACUCUGACUAUGACCACAUGCAGCAUUUUCCCGGCUUUGCCUACAUAAAUGGAGAAGCUAGCACGGGGUGGGCUAAAUGAAGACUGCGGCUUGGGAACGUUGGAACUUUGAAGACUUUUUCCUGAGAUUCUGCGAAAGGGGGAUUAAUACAUUGGGCACAGAUUUGGAGAACAAUGGAUGUGUACCGAGGACAAAAAAAAGUUUCUUGUAGCAAAAGAGAAUUUAUUGAUACUGUAGAGCACUAUGUGGGGCCAACUGGUGCCUUUUCUAUGUUAAUAAUUUCCAUUGAUUUGACUUUGUGUGGUGCCAGUUCCAGACGGUCAUUGAUUUCCGUUCUAACCUUGUUCUACGCUGUAGUUUCAUUGGUCGACCACCGUUCUGUAUUUAUUUACAAUAGACAUAGUGCCAUAGUGGCAAUGAGACACAGCCAGUCCAACAAGGCAGGUGCCUAAGGACUUCUGAAGGACGGGUGAGAGGUAUCUGUCCUUUAUUUCAGUAACACGUCUUCAUCUUCACAUAUGUCCAUACUAAAGUGUUCAGAAGGCACUUAUAGCAAUUCACCUGAGAAGCCUGAAACAAAUAUCGGUUAUAUUAGAACCCCUUACCAUGGUUUAAUCCUAAACUGUAUCUAGUUUUGAUCGAUGUUUCUGCAUCUUUCCGUAAAUUGUUUGCAAAAAUACAGUAAAGUAUACAGCAAAAAAGAUCAUGGUUCAACAGUCUGUUUGUGAGAAGACACAAUAUACCAUAUAUGUUUCUUCUAGCCCUAUAUCUUAAUACCCUCAUCAAGACAAAGUGGAUUGUGGGUGGGAACAAUAGAUAGGGCAUAAUUAUAGGUGGUGUCUGGCCUUGUGUUAUACCAGUACUCCAAAUGGCACGUCAUGGUUGGGGGCAUUAGAAAUCUUGCACUGGGUCCUAGGAGCUCCAAACAACUGCUGUAAACAUGUUUGCUAUAAGAGAAUGGCAGCCUCUAAGGGCCUGCGCACAUGGGCAUAACUAACACCCAUGUGCAGAUCUGCGCCACAGCCCUCUCUGAUCCGCGGGCAGUACGUGUGUGGAGGGGGAUGGAGCAGUCAAUGGGAGCUUCCGAAAAUAAGUGACAUUUUACUUCUUUUCUCUGCAGUUCUCUGCCUACCAUUAAGAUUAUGGAAGCAGGGUUUCAGAUGCUGACACUGUAUGGUAUUUGCGGAAAAUGUUGACGGGGGGGAAACAUACAGCACUUAGCUGUGUGAAUAUGCCCUUAGUCUUCAGUUGGCAUGUCUACUAAUAGAACACAAAAAUACAACACUGAACAUUUAGCAUGUUAACCUGCUAAACAUGAUUAUUUUUGUUGUAUAUUGUAUAAAGCAUUAUCCAAAAUGUUGUGAACAUCCUGUGUGCCAAAUUGAGCACUUUAGACCCAUAUGGCCCACUUUUUACCCUACUGUCGGAUGAUGAUAAUGUAAUGCUGACCACACGCAUGAUGGCUGUCGGCCAAACAGCUAUAUCUCCUAAUCCCUCCAUACACAUGAAUGUUUGGCUCAGCCACGGGAGAGGACACGUAACUCAUGGCCAGAUCCAUCUCGUGGUAGAUUAUCUCUCAAAGACCAAAAGGAUGGGGCAGUUGAAAUCCAACAUGCCUCAUCCUUCUCUACCCUGAUUAUCUGUAGCAUGAGAUUUGGGAGGCCCUCAUACAUAUAAGAUGUUCGUCAAGUCCUGCCAAAAUCAGUGGUUUGGACGACUUUUUUCUAAUAUGUACAGAGACUGGAUGAUGGACAGUUUUUGCACUACUAGUAUGGAUUAUAUGGAAACAAUCACAAUAAAGGUGGCCAUACACAUUAAACUAAAAUCUGCUGAACCUGCCAAUUUGGCAACAUGAUGCGGCAAUCUAAUGUGCAAUAGGUGUUCAUGUACUAUGUUAAUUGUUGAGCAAAAAAGCAUCAGGUAGGUUAAAUUUUAACAUGCCAGGUCAUUUUGCAUAGGUUAAAAGCCACUGCCAAAGAUGUUUGGCAACAGCUUACUCUCCUCCUCCUAUUGAAGAUACCUGCGCAUUUGGCUGAACUAAAAAUGUUUGUGUAUGAGGGUAUCAUAGCAGACGGUUGACAGCCACCUAAAAGGAGUUCUCUUUGACCACAUUGUUCGAGGGCAGGCAAGAGCAUGGGAAAAAAACGACUCCAUUAGCAUCAAGUCUUGAUCCACAGGCACUUCAGAUUGCCAAAUGGCAUCUCCAUAUACUCAGCAUGGCCAACUGCGGCCAAAUACUGGCUUCAGCGGUGCAGGUGCAUGUAAAUUUUGAGGUCAGUGAUUGGCUACAGAACGUAUAGGGACAUCAUGGGGAACUUUACUGGACAAUAUAGAGCCUGGAGGAAGUGGCUUUGGUCUUGGAGCAAAGAAAACCCUUUAAACCAAUAUAUACAACUCAGUGACCAGAACAUUAUAUGAAUCAUGCUUAGAGCUUCAGACAUAGGCAGACAGAUGAAAAGAAGAUGAAACAAGUGAUGCCUGUAUCUUAGCAGAUGGCUGUAAAGUUAAAAUAAUCAAGUUUUACAUUUAAGCUCAAGAAUGAGUUAGAGGAGAUCCCAAAAAAGGGAGAUAGAUAGAGCUGCCA